UGCCACUACUAACAUUGAUAUCAACAUGGAGGUGUACAAUGAAGUUUUUGGAGGCCGGUUUAAAUAUAAAUGGUUUCUUUUGUUUUAUAUGAUGCUAAGUAGUUCCAUGAUAAGUAAUUCAGUAACAGCUAAAGGAGUCGAUUAUAAUGGGUAUAUCGUUUAUUGCCCCUGUAUGGGACGAUUAGGCAAUCAAGCUGAUCACUUUUUGGGCGCGCUUGGUUUUGCUAAAGGAGUGAAUCGAACAUUAGUACUGCCACCAUGGGUGGAAUACCGGUACGGAGAACCGCGCUCGAUUCAAGUUCCAUUUGAUACAUACUUUAAAGUUGAACCUUUACUGAACUACCAUAGGGUUAUGACUAUGGAAAAAUUUAUGAAGACUUUAGUUCUUGACAUCUGGCCACCACAAAAAAGGAUAGCUUUUUGCUACACUCCUAGGGGUGAUGGCAAUGGAUGUAAUGCAAAAGAAGGGAAUCCAUUUGGACCAUUCUGGGAUACAUUUAAUGUGGAUUUUGUUGGAUCUGAAUUUUAUGGACCAUUGCAUUAUGACAUACAUCAUCAUGAUAUGUCUGCAAAGUGGAGUGAGAAGUAUCCAUCACAUAAAUGGCCCGUUCUUGCUUUUACUGGGGCUCCUGCAAGCUUUCCAGUCCAACUUGAGAAUCGUGAACUACAUCGAUACAUGCAUUGGAGUGAACCAAUACAAGGGCAAGCACAUGAUUUUAUCAGGCAAAAGCUUCCAAAAGGAGCUUUUAUAGGAAUUCAUUUGCGUAAUGGAAUAGACUGGGUUCGUGCAUGUGAACACAUCAACUACAGUCCAAAUCUGUUUGCAGCUCCCCAGUGCCUUGGUUAUCAAAAUGAGCGUGGUGUAGCUACUACAGAAAUGUGUCUCCCUUCCAGAGAGACUAUUGUGAGACAACUUAAAAGGGUACUGAAAAAUAUGAAAGGUGUUGUAGCAGUGUUUGUUGCUUCAGAUAGCAAUCACAUGAUUACUGACCUCACAGAGGCACUUAAGAGAAUGGAGGUCACUGUUCAUCGUUUGGAACCAUCCAAUCCUCAUGUUGAGCUGGCAAUUCUUGGUCAGUCAAAUCACUUUAUUGGCAAUUGUAUAUCAUCUUUCUCUGCUUUUGUCAAGAGGGAGAGAGAUGCUCGUGGCUUGCCUUCAUCCUUCUGGGCUUUCCCAACUGAGCGUACAUCAGCUAAUGCAAACCAGGCACAUGAUGAGUUGUAGAAUAUCUAAUUCAUAAUGGAGCACAUUGAAAAAAAACUUUGGAACAAGGAAUGUUUGGUUAUUUUGGUUAUUUGAUGAUGCUGUAUCAAGUGUACUUAUGUACAUCAGUUGAAAGGUGUCAGGAUAUGAAUGGAGCAUUGGAAGGAAUUGUAGAGGAAGCAGUCAUGGCCUAUGCUAAGGUACUGUCACAUUAUUUGCUUACAAGAACUAUGGAAAAGUACAAGAAGAAAUUCUUGAUGUGGUACAAAGUGAGAUUGAAUUGAGUAUCUCUCAGACAUAAAUGGGCCAAUUACUUGUAGUCACACCAUCUUGAAAUACAAUCAAAUUAGACUCUCUCAUACAUCUACUCACUUACCCGACACUCAUUUCAGUGUCAAACUGAAAAUUGUGGGCUACAAGUACGAAAUUAUGUGUCAGAAAAAAAUAUAGUAAAAUGAUUUCUGAUAACCAGUUUAUUCUAGUGUUUCUACUUCUACAAAGUAAUGUAUGAACCGCAAACACAGUUGCUGAUAACACUUAGGACAUUUUCCACAAAAAAUUGUUUUAUGGCGUCACAUUCUGCAGACACUUCACAUACAAAAAUUCCUUCCCCUUCAUUUUCAUUCAAACCAUUCUUUGAACUAGGUACAUGACAUGAAUAGAGAUGCAGAAGUCUGUCUACAGUCGUUCCCAAACUACUUCAUGCAAAUUUAAUUUUUGGACUAAUUCUUCUCAUGCCUGUUAAAUUGUAACUUUUACAUUAACAUACAUUCAAAAUUCAGCAGUUCAGGAAUAUCACAAUAUUUCAAUAUCUGCAUAGUGUGUAUCAUUAUUACUUUCUAAAUUUAAAAAAAAUCAUUUGCAUUUUUAAAAGAGGUAAAAAGGAAUAAACAUGUAUGAGUAAUGCACCCAUCAAUCAGCUACUUUCAUAGUUUUAAUGUAGAUGGAGUUACAUUCCAAUUGCACAUCAGAUUUACAAGUUGAGUGAAUUAUCAAGAAACUAUGAAUCAAAUUAAGCAAUUUUUAAGCUAAUCUCUGUUAGUUUUUUGGGUUGUUUAUCUCUAAGGCCUGUUAAAAAAGAAAGUACAGCACCUGCAUACCAUUACAAAUCGAUGGCUAUGACUUUUGCAGAAGAGUUAGUAUAAAUUAUAAAGUUGAUUGAUUAUGCUCAAAUGUGGUAUCCAUUAGAAUGUGAUAUAAUUUAUUGCAAGAGUUUACAUACAGAAUUUUCAUAGAGGCAAAAGUUGAUUAGUACAAAUGUACUUGCAAAGAGGAAAUUCAUUGUGAUAUGUAUAUCCCGUUAAAAUGAAGGUUAGGCUCGAAAAGAAUGUUUGAUUAUAAUUAAAUUUGAUUUACGUUAA